AAUCUGUGCUGGCGUCCCAAAUCCAAUAAGAAGGGUCGAGGACGCAUGGUCCAUUUUUAUUCGGCACCGAACAACCGACGGAUAUUUCUAUCUUCUCCUUCCUCCGCCAGACACGACAGAGGAAGACGAGCAAAUGGAAACUAGUCUCUGCUUUUCCACUCUGCUGUUGCUCCUCGUCGGUGCCAUCUUUACCUUUCAGUCUCAGGUUAUAGCAGUGGAACCGGUCUCCGAUCUCAAGCUGAACUCCAGGAUUCUUCAGGAUUCAAUACUUAAAAAAGUCAAUGGAAAUCCCAAAGCUGGAUGGAAAGCUACCAUGAACCAUCAUUUUUCCAAUUACUCUGUUGCCCAAUUCAAGUAUCUUCUUGGAGUCAAACCAACACCUAAAGAGGAGCUGAGGGGAAUUCCUGUAAUAAGUCAUCCGAAAUCCUUGAGAUUGCCAGAAGAAUUCGAUGCCAGAACAGCUUGGCCACAGUGCAGUACCAUUGGAAAAAUUCUAGAUCAGGGUCAUUGUGGAUCCUGCUGGGCAUUUGGUGCUGUCGAAUCGCUAUCUGAUCGAUUUUGUAUCCAUUAUGGCAUGAACAUCUCUCUGUCAGUCAAUGAUCUCUUAGCAUGCUGUGGCUUUUUGUGUGGAAGUGGUUGUGAUGGGGGGUAUCCAAUUUCUGCAUGGAGAUACUUUGUCCACCAUGGUGUUGUUACAGAGGAGUGUGAUCCAUACUUUGAUGAUAUUGGCUGUUCUCACCCUGGUUGUGAGCCUGGAUAUCCCACGCCAAAGUGCACGCGGAAGUGUGUCAAUAAGAACCAGCUCUGGAAGAAGUCAAAGCACUAUGGUGUCAAGCCGUACAGAAUUGAUUCUGAUCCCAACAGUAUCAUGGCUGAAAUUUAUAAGAAUGGGCCAGUUGAGGUGGCCUUCACUGUUUAUGAGGAUUUUGCUCAUUAUAAAUCGGGAGUCUACAAGCACAUAACAGGUGGAAUGAUGGGAGGCCAUGCUGUUAAGCUUAUUGGUUGGGGAACUUCUGAAGAUGGGGAAGCUUAUUGGCUUCUUGCCAACCAGUGGAAUAGAGGCUGGGGUGAUGAUGGUUACUUCAAGAUUAGAAGGGGAACAAAUGAGUGUGGUAUUGAAGGAGAUGUGGUUGCUGGUUUGCCCUCAACAAGGAAUCUUGUUAGAGAGGUUGUGAGUAUAGAUGCUCGUGAGGAUGCUUCGGCAUGAUAUCAGACUAAAUAUUAUAUCUGGAAGUGCUGUAAUUCAUGUAUCAAUAUUGGAUUCUUGUGAUUAGAAAUGGGCUUUCACUGUAUGCAUGGGACGAAACCAGGUGAAUGCAUCCAUGUAAACUGUUUUCUUAGUUGAAAUUUGCUAUCUGUGUGAGAAUCAAGUAGUAUGUAGAUAUUGUAUCUUUUGAUAUUUACUGAUAACACAACUCACCUUCUUGGCGUGUAUCA